AUGGAAUCAGAUCAAGGAAAGCUUUUUAUCGGUGGGAUUUCAUGGGAUACCGACGAAAAUCUCCUGAGAGAAUACUUCAGCAAUUUCGGUGAGGUUUUACAGGUUACUGUCAUGCGAGAGAAAGCUACAGGUCGUCCUCGGGGAUUUGGAUUCGUCGCAUUCUCCGAUCCUGCUGUUAUUGAUAGGGUUCUUCAGGACAAGCACCAUAUCGAUAAUAGAGAUGUUGAUGUGAAGAGAGCAAUGUCUAGAGAAGAGCAGAAUCCUUCUGGUAGAUCAGGGAAUUUUAAUGCUUCUAGGAAUUUUGAUAGCGGAGCUAACGUUCGGACCAAGAAGAUAUUCGUGGGAGGUUUGCCUCCCGCAUUAACAUCAGACGAAUUUCGAGCCUAUUUUGAAACUUACGGUCCUGUGAGCGAUGCAGUGAUUAUGAUUGAUCAGACCACACAACGCCCUAGAGGAUUUGGGUUUGUUUCUUUUGACUCUGAAGAUUCGGUUGACCUUGUUUUGCACAAGACUUUCCACGAUUUGAAUGGUAAACAAGUAGAAGUUAAACGGGCUCUUCCUAAAGAUGCUAAUCCUGGAGUGGCUAGCGGUGGUGGUCGCGGCAGUGGUGGCUCUGGAGUUUUUCAGGGCUUUGGUGGUUCUGGUGGAAGUGGCUACGAGGGCCGUGUGGAUUCCAAUAGAUACAUGCAGCCUCAAAACACCGGAAGUGGGUAUCCCCCUUAUGGUGCUUCUGGGUAUGGUACUGGUUAUGGUUAUGGCAGCAACGGUGUAGGUUAUAGUGGUUUUGGAGGGUAUGGAAAUCCAGCUGGUGCGCCUUAUGGGAAUCCUGGUGUGCCUGGAGCUGGGUUUGGAAGUGGUCCAAGAAGUUCAUGGGGCGCUCAAGCACCAUCGGGUUAUGGUAAUGUGGGAUAUGGAAAUGCUGCUCCAUGGGCUGGUUCUGCUCCCGGUUCAGCAGUGAUGGGUCAAGGUGGUGCAUCUGCAGGUUAUGGUAGUCAGGGUUAUGGCUAUGGUGGAAAUGAUUCCUCUUAUGGGACUCCAUCAGGCUAUGGUGCAGUUGGUGGGCGGUCUGGCAGUAUCCCUAACAGCCAUGGCGGUGGCUAUGCUGAUGCUUCAGAUGGCUCUGGAGGUUAUGGUAAUCACCAAGGGAACAACGGGCAAGCUGGUUAUGGUGGAGGUUAUGGAAGUGGUAGGCAAGCUCAACAACAGUGA